AUGUCGUUGUUCGAACGAAGGAGCAGUAUGGAGACACUGCGAGAUCACUGGAAUACAACGACACCAAAUGACUUGGGAGUCAGAGCAUCUUCGCCCACUGGUUCCGAACGUCGCAAGUUGAGCUUUAACCCUGUAGGCAGCUGGGUACCGGAUGUUGCGCAUGAGGAACCUGUUGCUGCGUUUGAGGUCAGCAAGAUCAAGAGGAUAGCCCAAGUUGCUGUCGCUUGUUUGUACUGUUUGUUUGCUGCUGGUGUGGUAUUUGGUUAUGCUGCUAUAAAGCCUGUUCUGAUUGAGCAGGGUGUUUAUGCUGAGCGAUGCACACCCAAGGAGAUUGAAGAAGGUGUGUGGGUAUGCUAUGAACAAGAGUUGAGACUCAACCUGAUGUUCACCGUCGCUGCCGUCAGCACGAAUGUAUGCGCUUUGCCUGUUGGAACUAUCUUGGAUCGAUAUGGCCCCAGAGUUGCUGGUAUCAUCGGCUGCUUUCUUCUUGCCAUCGGUUCUGCUCUUCUGGCCUUUGCUUGGGAUGUUCGCGAAAGUGUCGAUCUCUGGAUUCCGGGUUACUUCUUCCUCGCUCUCGGUGGACCUUUCAUCUUCAUCUCGAGCUUCCAGCUCUCGAACACAUUUCCCAAGCACUCUGGCACUAUCCUUGCACUCUUGACUGGUGCCUUUGACACCAGCUCUGCUGUCUUCCUUGUCUACCGUCUCAUAUUCCAAGCGACUGAGGGGAAGUUUAACACCAAACGGUUCUUCUUGAUUUACCUGGCUGUACCGGCUAUGAUACUUGUCGCUCAAAUCUUCCUCAUGCCUUCGAACAGCUACAAGACUGUUGGCGAAUUGGUUCAGCAAGCCGAAGAGCCAUCGGCAGAUUCGGAUUCAGAUCUUGACAUAAGCAAUGAGGAACGUGCUCUACUUCGUCAAGAACGUCGCGAGUCCAUGGUUAGCGAGAUUACCGAGUUGCUCGGCAGUAAGAGUGCCGAAGAACAACAGGCCCAGCAACAACAAGUCGAAGCAACGAGCGGCGUUUGGGGCGUUCUGCACGGCAAGCCCGCACUCAAGCAAAUUAUAACACCAUGGUUCAUCCUCAUCGCUCUGUUUACCAUUAUCCAGAUGACCAGAAUCAACUACUUUGUCGCCACUAUCCGCACUCAGUAUUCCUAUCUGGUCGGUCCUGGAAAAGCCGAGAACAUCAACGCUUUCUUCGACAUCGCUCUUCCGCUUGGUGGCGUUGUUGCUGUGCCUUUCAUUGGAUUGGUCCUCGACCACACAAGCACUGUUUUUACUCUUACUCUGCUAGUCACCAUCGCAACAAUCAUUGGUGUUCUAGGCGUCAUUCCCAACACCGGCUCCGCAUACGCCAACAUCAUCCUCUUUGUUAUCUAUCGCCCUCUCUACUACACAGCCGUCUCGGAUUACUCAGCCAAAGUCUUUGGCUUUGCCACCUUUGGCAAAGUCUAUGGUCUCAUCAUUUGUCUUGCUGGUCUGUUCAAUUUCUCGGCUCAAGGCCUGGAUGCACUCACUCAUCAUGCAUUUUACAACAACCCUAUCCCUGUGAAUAUCAUUUUGCUUUCUACUGCGUUUGCGGUUGGUGUGCUGUUGGUAGGUUAUGUGUGGUACCAGUCUAGGUACAUCGAGAGNGAGGGCUUGGAAGAAGAGGCUGAGGAGGCAAGGGAAGUGUUGAUGCCUGGUGCUGAUGCGAACAACACUAUGAGAGAGCACGGUCACCAGACUUACGGAAUUGCAUGA